AUGACCGUGUCCAUGAACGGCAUAACCGGGGCCAAUCAGUCGUUUGACACAUAUUGGCUUCGAGUGAAGCAGGCGUUCGACGAACGCAAACUCGUCGAUCCCUACUUCAGCAAGAUGAACAUGAACCGGGGAGACAAGGCAAUGGCCACCAAUUGGGGGAUCAUACAGACGGCGUGCAGCAAAUGGCACGGCGUGCAGGAGGAGAUCAAAGAACGGCCGAUGAGCGGCCACGACUUGGAGCAAAAGCUGCGUCGUGCUUUGGACAUGGACAUGGACGACACCGGCAUGCAGUUCAAGUUCCUGAACGUCUACGCCCGCAUUGAGAAGUGCGAGAAGUGGGCGGAAACCCGCAAGACCCUCUCGAAGAGAUCAGACCGUGCUUGGGUAUAUGGCGAGGAACAUUCGCGAGAAAUCUUUACCCAGAUGGUGGGGAAGAAAAGGGAGGCGGAUGCUUGGGCAGUGGUUCUGAAGAUGUUCUCCUCGUAG